UUUCUUUAAAGGUAAUAACAUAAAUUAGGGUAAUAAUGGCUGAAAAAAUGGCCAACAGUAUUGGUCGUGAAUUACGUUAUUUUGAAUAUAAACUUCGUAAAAAGCAACAAACGUCUAAAAAGAAGAAAAAUAAACAUGAUGGAGGUCCUGGGGGACAACUAGCAUGGUCUGAUGCACCAACAUCGGAAGAUUUUAAAUUCACUCCCAAAAGUGAGGAAUUGCAGAAAGCAAUGCCUGGGAGUAAGGGAGAGGAAGAACUACAAAUACAGGUCGCCCUUGCAAUGAGUCGUGAGGAAGAGCAAGAGAGAGCCAGACGAUCAGAAAGUGACAAAGUACGUCUAGAGAUGGCUUUGAAGGAAAGUGUCGUGGAUUCUAAACCAAAGCCGCAGCCUAGCUUAUUGGAUAUGUCAUUAUCCGCUCCGAAACCAGUAGCUUCGACAAAUUUAGGGGCUGGAAAUCCAUUUGGUGGAGCUUCAAAUGAUCCGUGGGGUGUCGCACCUGUCCCAGUAGCUGCAGCCUCUGCUCCUACUUUUGACCCAUUCGCACCGGAACCAACCGCUGAACCGAUAUAUGCUGUUUCCGCUAAAUCUGCUUCUGCUCAAAAUGAUGCAUGGGGAAUCCCCCAAACUACUGCCGCACCUCCUCCCCAAGACCCAUGGGGCGGUACUCAAACUGCUUUCACUCCCCAACCAGCUUUCACUCCUCAACCAGCUUUCACUCCGCAAUCAGCCCCAACUACCACUUUUUCUACCCCCCCGGCAACUGAUGCAUGGGGAACCCCCAUACCAGCAACUAGCUUAUUCGACAGCCAACCUUCGACUCAAAACACAUUCCAAACUUCUUCGAAUCCUUUUCCAGCACAGAACGCGUUUCCGACAACACAAGAUGCUUUUUCGCCGAGUUCAACAACUCAAAACGCUUUCUCUACUCAAAACGGAGCAUGGGGAAAUCCUGAUCCAUUUUUGGGCAACCAACCGGCUAAAAUAGAUCCUUUUGCUGAGCUUUCCACUCCGAAGUCGAUCCAGACCCAGCCAGAUGCGUUUACCAUGACUUCCCCAGCAAGCACAUUCACAGCACCGCCGUUCGAUCCUCUAAAAGAGUUUGAUUCUCUCCACAUCGGAACCAGGAAUAUCGAACCUGCCCCAGUAAUUUUACAACAUGACUACGGUAACGGAAAUUCAGUUUCAAAGGAUUUAUUUCCACUAGGUGGAGUUUUGGAACCAGUGUCUAUCACACCAACACAGCAAAAUGGAUUUACAUCGACACCUCUAUCGGCAGCAGCGCCACCUAAGAAAGAAACGGACGUUUUUCUCGGAGCUAACUCGAGUCUUGUCAAUCUAGACUCCGGGUGGAAGACCUACCAAGUUCCGUAUUGUACGAAACCACUGGGUACCGUAACCCAGAAUCCGUUCCAGCAAACGGGGCCGACAAGAUCGCUCAACGAAAUGAAGCUCAACCAGGGUUUUUAAAGUAAAGUAUUGUGCGUUAUUAAUUAUAUUAAUUAAGAAUGUUAUUAAUCAGGGAGUUAUUUAGAACGGGGAUAAAUUUUUAUAAUUGAUUGUAGCUCUUUUUCAUUAAUAUUUUGUGCUAUUAUUUUAGAAAUUGUGUCUUAGUAGAAUGUAAAUUCAGAUAUUUUCCUAUCAGUGUUGUCUUGAAUUGUUUUCAAGUCUGGUUUCACAAACAGUAUGUACCGACUGAUUUGUCACAUGAUUAAUCUGAUAUAGGGGUUGUUUGCUGUGGUUUGUGUUAUAUCAGUACUAGUUAGGGCUUUGGAUCAUGAUUUAAGCAAGCUAUAUCUAUAAAUUAUACCUGUCAUGACUAAUUUUCUUUCCAUAAAAUUUAAAUAGAGAGAAGGGAACUUGUUUGCGCUGGUUUUCGCAGACAAUGCCCAGUUUCUGUUCUAUUUUUGUGUUAACAUUUAUCGUUGCUAGCAAAAGAAUACUUUAGUUCUAUGCUCAUGGGAUAAAAUAUGGACAACAGUG